AAUGGCCCAAGCUACAUUCAUUUCUGUACAAAAGCACAAGGUCCGGCUGCACACUUGAGAAUUGCAGCCUGUGGCAAAUGCAGCGACAUGAGAUAUGGACCGGUACUGCUGCUCGGAUCUUUGGUGACCGCUCAGGAGGUGGGGGGAAAGCUCCCGGAAAACACCUGGGGAGAUCCAGACUGCUUUGGCUAUGGGUCGUUGACCUUCGAGUCCUGCUGCUUACCGCAACCUCGCUUCGAGUGCUUUGAAGGCACUUUCACUGCGGAGAGGUGUUGUGGUCUCCCAGAAAAGCCUUUAGGUGUACCGGAGGUCAUUACGAGGCUGCGAGAGGAACUCUUCACGAAUCAAGAUGUGUACUCCAUUCUUGGCACUGUGUGUGGUCAAUAUCAGCCACAGUUGCGCUACCCGGACAGCCACCUAACACCCGCCUUAAUGAAGUCUGUACUAAGCUUUGUUCCGGAACCUCGCAUGUGGCUAGAGGUUGGCUCUUUUAUCGGCAGCAGUGCCAUCACUGCAGCGACGACCUUGAAGAGUCUCCGCUUGAGCACUGGUGUGGUUUGUGUUGAUCCCUUCACUGGGAUGGUGGACAUGUGGGCAGACCGAAAGGCAUUCCGUGAAGCGUUUGGUCUAACGCAGCGUCGACAUGUGGCAGAUGGGCCUUUGCUAAUGGAUGAGUUCGGACACUCCCGGAUCUACGAAAUGUUUCUAGCAAACGUCCGCUACAGUGGCCACGAGGACUAUAUUUUGCCGCUGCGAGUGAGUUCGAUCACAGGCCUCAGACUAUUGAGGACUCUCUUUGAGCAAGGACGCAUCGAUCAUCCGCCAGAGAUCAUCUACCUAGACAGCGCCCAUGAAGCCGGAGAAACACUCUUGGAGGUGACUGAAGCCUGGCGGCUCCUGGCUGUGCCUGGAGUCCUUUUUGGCGAUGAUUGGUCCUGGCCGGGAGUCCAGUCCGACGUCCUACGUUUUGCUCAAGACCUCCAGCAGCGUCACCUCACCGAUGAGGAGCUUCAUCGAUUUGAUUGGCCUACAAGCAGCGCCAUUCAACCAGUGCCCGGACUUGCUGUGGUGGAUCAGGACGAUGGCGCAUGGAUGUUGUUCAAAGAAUCCUGAACGCCACAGUCUGCCAGAUCAUGCUCUCCUUGGGCUCAUGAAACGCACAGGGUCUUACAGUCUGCUACCAGCGAAGACA